AAGAUACCCAUGGAAGGGAGAAGGGAACGCAAGCGCGCGGGGACCAGCAGGGGGCGCCAAAGCGCAGCCCCGUCGGGAGGAUGGCCGGUGGGGAUGGGACGCUGCGCCGCCUGCUGAGGCUGCACCGCACCGAGAUCGCAGUGGCCAUAGACAGCGCCUUUCCGCUGCUGCAUGCUCUAGCCGACCACGACGUGGUCCCCGAGGACAAGUUCCAGGAGACACUUCGGCUGAAGGAGAAGGAAGGCUGCUCCCAGGCCUUCUACGCCCUGCUGUCCUGGCUCCUGACCCGGGACAGUGGGGCCAUCCUGGAUUUCUGGAGGGUUCUCUUUAAGGACUACAAUCUGGAGCGGUACAGCCGUCUGCAUACCAUCCUGGACGGCUUCCCAAAAGAUGUGGACCUUAGCCAGCCCCGGAAAGGGAGGAAGCCCCUUGCUGGUCCCAAGCCCUCGGUACAGCCACCUAGACCCCCCACCAAGAGAAGAGCACUGGAGGAGCCUCGAGCCAUCCCACCAGCAACUCCGGCCUCAAAGAGCCUCUCCAGCCCAGGCUCCCACCCAAAGGCCAAGCACCCUAAGAAGCCAGAAGGCAAUUUGGAGUCCCAACGCCUCCCACUGGGAAAUGGAAUUCAGACCAUGGCAGCUUCAGUCCAGAGAGCUGUAACCAUGUCCUCCGGGGAUGUCCCGGGAACACGAGGGGCCGUGGAAGGGAUUGUUAUCCAGCAGGUGUUUGAGUCAGGAGGUUCCAAGAAGUGCAUCCAGGUUGGGGGGGAGUUUUACACACCCAGCAAGUUUGAAGACUCCAGUGGCAAUUUGAAGAACAAGGCCCGAAGCGGUAGCAGCCUAAAGCCAGUGGUCCGAGCGAAGGGAACCCAGGCCACUAUACCUGGUAGAGAUGAACAGAAAGUGGGCCAGCAGUGUGGGGUCCCUCCCCUUCCACCCCUCCCCAGUGAGCCCCAGGUUCACCAGAAGAACGAGGAUGAGUGUGCCGUGUGCCACGACGGAGGUGAACUCAUCUGCUGUGAUGGCUGUCCCCGGGCCUUCCACCUGGCUUGCCUGUCCCCACCUCUGCAGGAGAUCCCCAGUGGCCUCUGGAGAUGCUCCUGCUGCCUCCAGGGCAGGGUCCAGCAGAACCUGCCCCAGCCUGUGCAGUCCAGGCCCCUGGAACCACCUGCGGAGACUCCGAUCCUCCUGGGACUGAGGUCAGCUUCAGAGAAAACCAGGGGCCUGUCCAGGGAGCUCCCAGCCAGCUCCGAUGCUGCGGUCACUUACGUGAACCUACCAGCCCUUCCUUCUGCAGCCCCUCUGCUGGAGCCUUCAGCACCAUGCCCUCUACUGAGUGCUGGGACUGAGGGGCAGCCGGGUCCAGCACGAAGCGCGCGAUGCGGUGUGUGCGGAGACAGCACCGACGUGCUGCGGUGCGCACACUGUGCCGCUGCCUUCCACUGGCGCUGUCACUUCCCGACGGCUGCUGUCCGGCCUGGGACCAACCUCCGCUGCAAGUUCUGCUCCGCAGACCCGACUCCCACACCAGGCACCCCAGGCGAGCCUGCGCCCACCUCUGUGCCCCGUCCAGCACCUGUACUUGCCAAGGUAGGGGACGACUCUGCUAGUCAUGACCCCGUUCUACAUAGGGAUGACCUGGAGUCCCUCCUGAAUGAGCACUCUUUCGACGGCAUCCUGCAGUGGGCCAUCCAGAGCAUGUCACGCCCACUGGCUGAGACACCACCCUUCUCAUCCUGACCCCAGGUGACCCAGGAAGGAGUCUGGCAGCAUUGCGCCGGCCCCCACCCACCCAUUCACCCACCCCACCCCAUCGGAUGAAGCCUAGUGACCUUACACCUACAGCCACUCUGUUCUAAGCGGACUGGGCUGGUUAGCACCAAGAGCUGGCAGGUUCCAGCUGGCAGGACUCAGUUUGCAGAUGGCGGUGGUCUUUGUGGAGACUCAAGGCCGCCCUGUGUCCUGAAAUUAAAGUCACUUUUGUGUGCUUUGAGGU